UCAGAUCUAAACACAAUUGAACAUUAGAUUGCUGGUAUAAUAUGCUGGUAUUUUCUGUACAAGCACUUUCAAACGUUUUACAACACUUGUACGUUGUCCAUCAAACAAAAUAUUUGUUUAUGUUUGCACAACUUUUAAUUUAAGGGCUUGCAACUCGCCGAGAUAAGAAAAUGACUUUGCAAUGCCGAACCUGUGGCACCGAGGUGUUCGACACAAGUACCACGUAUCUGUAUGGGACCGAAAGCGCCAAAUUGUUACUAAAUUUGGAACUAAUUUCGGGCACAACGCUGCCAAAUGAGCCGGAACUGCCCAGUCACAUAUGCGCCUGCUGCCUCCUAGAACUGAAGCAGGCGGUCGCCUUUAGGGACCGCUGUCUUCAAACGCAGAGGGAUCUACAGCCCAUGCGAUGUCCCACUACACCGGACCUCAUAUCAGGUCCCGAGGAGUCCCUGGAUGUCAAGAUAGAGUGCACCGACGACGCGCUGCACGAUUUCAUAAUGGAAACUUCAUUCGUUGAGCCCCAACUUGGGGAGGGAACCCAAGACGCAGUCUCCAGCGAAGAAUCGGAAAACGGAGUGGGGGAAGACACAGCCGAAUACGAUCCUUUAAAGCAGCAAGUUGAGCUCCAUCCAGAGUAUCAACUGCCUGUCUUGGCAAAAAGGCCUCGAGGUCGACCAAGAAAAUACCCACCUAAGCCCGCUCCCAAAGAGAAGAAGCCUGUGGUUUCAUGGAAGAACCUGACCAAGGAGGAGAUUGCGGAGAGGAGACGACAGUAUCAGUACUGCAACGAUGUCUGCGAACUGUGCGGCCGGAAGUUCAAGUACAAGAGUAACUUUAAGAUCCACAUGAUGACUCACACGGGCGACAAACCGUUCGCCUGCGAGGACUGCGACAAACGCUUCUACACCGAACACUUGAAAGCAAAGCACCACCGCGUCGUCCACCAGGGCCUAAAACCCUACCCCUGCCGCUACUGCGAGAGAUUUUUCAGCACCACUGGCCACCGUACCAAGCACGAAAGAGCUCACACCAAUACCCGGCCAUACAAGUGCAACGAGUGCGGCAAAUCCUUCAUCUCGGGGGACAAACUCAAGCGGCACUACCUCAUCCACUCCGGCAUAAGGGAUUUUGCCUGCACCAUAUGCAACCAGACCUUCCAGCGCAACACUCAUCUCAAGCAGCAUCUGCGGUCUAAAACACAUAAGGCCAGGGAAGAGUCGCUAAAAGGUAUGGUCGAGCGAAAGCCAAAAGUAUCCAGAUACGAUGGAGCGCUGGCAGGGUGCGUCGAUUGAACUACACAUUCCUUUCUCAAUACAAAUUAGGCUCAAGUUAUAAAUAAAUCUGAUUUAAUCCAUGUUGUUCUUAGCUGUUCUUAAAA